AUGGCAUCCAUGUCGCAGCUUCCCCCGGAGGUUCUUACGAUUAUCGCCCGAGCUGUGGUUGAAUUCGUUGAUGAGCCGCGACCGCCUGCCCUCCACCAAAGCCUGGCCAACCUCACCAGCCUGGCUGCAGUCUCCAAGAUAUGGAAUGCUGUUGUUUCCCCGAUUCUCUACAGACAGGCCAUCAUCCAGGAUAUUGGCUAUAUUGGAAGGACCGGAGCCUCAUGGAGGGCCCUCUGCAAUGUCCCACCCGAGAUGAAGACGAAGUUGAAGGCAACGAUGACAAUGAACGAUCAUGAAACUGAAGGCGAGGAGCACCAUGAUCAUCAACCCAAAGACGAUGACGAGAACCGGCCAUGGCGAGAAUGCCACCUGAUGACUGCGGCAUCCGCUGGAAAUGUGGCCUUACUGCAGCGGCUCUCCUCCUUUAUUCCCAAAGCUUUUCCAAACAUGAGCGCGACCUCUCUUCUUUCGGCUGGCUUCCGGGUGCCUUGGAAAUGCCUGAAUCUAUAUAACUACGAAGAUCAUGAUUGGAGCAAUGAAGACGAAGGGCUGCCUGAAGCUACGCUGCUUCAUGCGGCGGCCGCCAGAGGGCACAUCGGCGCGGUUGAGUGGCUGUUGAACAGAGGCGUUGAGGUCAAUGCCGACGCGCAUUUGGGUUGUAUUUGCCCCGCGUUCAUCCCUAUCACGCAAUGCGAUGCUACACCUCUGUUCCUCGCCAUCGCAUGGCGCCACAUUGAGGUAGCCAAGGUCCUGAUUCAAAACGGGGCGAUUUGGGAUCGAUGCUUCACGCGCACGGAGGAUGUCACCGCCCUACAUUUGAUAGCGGCACACGGUAUGGAGGAGCUGGUGUAUUGGCUUGUUGCCGCGCUCGACGAAAGUAUGCGUCACACAGAGCUGGGAAAGACAGUCGCCUCCAACGGUCCACACCACGACUGGCCUGAUGAGAUGGGACUCUGGACCCUUCAUCAUGCUAUUGGCCGUGCUUUUUCAUUCAAAAUGUGCAACAGCAAUGCGGAGGAAAUGCGCAGGGCGGAAGAUCAUGUCCGACGUCUCAUCACCGGUCUGUGUCGCCUGGGGGCUGUACGGAGGACCAUGGACCCGGCAAGAUGGCGACGCAGAGUGUCUCUGGAGUUGGAGCGCAUGAAAUUGAAAGCAACCAGCAACCCUUCCGGCGACAUACAUAUCGAUGCGGCGGACAAGGAGUGGUUGGAACAGAUUGAGUGGUGGCAUGGGCAGGAUCGUGGAUUGACAGACCGAGACAUCACGGCGGAGCCUGAAGCAUCCAUGCUGUCCUAUUACGACGCGAGCGAGACCGAUAGAAUGUACAAGGUCGUCUUGGAGGUGCUCAACUGGGAGGAUGACUGA